AUGGAUCAAUUAUCUGAGACAUCAAAUUAUAACAUAGAUGAAGUACUUAGUGCGGAUUCAAAGGGAACUCCUAACAUACAGUAAAACAAUAUAGAGACUUAAGUUAGUAUAAUGAGCCCAAUUUCAUUGCCAGAGAAUAUUUACUCCCCAUAUGAGUAAAACAAUAACAAUAAGUAAGUGAAAACUCAACAGAAAACUCAAAAACCUAACUAGGAUUUCUUUCACAAGCUAUUACCUUAAAGCUACUUAGGAAAUCAAACAUAAAUGCAGUUCAUAAAAGGAUUAAAAAAUGUACCUUAAAGCAUGCGAAUGCGACUUUUUAAUAGAUAAACUGUAGAUACUAACAAUCCAGCCAUUAACCAAAGGAAAAAAAGAAAUAAAGGUAGCUUGCCAAUAAAUGAGUCAAUCAAGAUUAAACUGCCUUCAAUAUCUGGAUAUCUAAAAUAGAGUAUUUUACCAAAGCAAUCAGCAAUGCUUUAAGACUACUUUUUUAUGAAUAAAAACGCAACAAAAUUAUCUCAAGGUAUUUAAUCAAGCAAUACAAAACAAAUAGCUAAAUUACUUGCCAGAGGAAUGAAGAAUAUCAAUUAUAAUCAGCAGCAAUUACCCUCUAACAUGAAUUAAACUCGCAAUAACCAAAGUCAUUUCGUGAAUUUUAAUCCUCAAUAAUAUCGAUCUUAAAACCCCAGUUUUGAAAGAAAAUCUAUCAUUCCAAUAAAUAAGACCUUUGAUAACUUCAAUUCAGGUUUGGAUACUGCUUAAUCAAGAAUGUUUAUGAGUGAUUUAAAGGAUCAGAGCAUAGGAAGGACUGAGCUAAUAGAUUAGAAUAGUGAUGAGGAUCUAGAUAAAUACAGUCUAUCUGAAAUAAGGAAUAGAUAUAAUGAAUCUAAUAACGCUUCAAUGCAAAAGUAGUCGGAUUAAAUGAGAGAUAACUCUCUUGAAAAUAUAAGAAUAGUUUAAGUUUAGGAGUUCAAUCAUCAUAAUCAGUAAAAUAUGAAUGAAAAAUAUAAAUCUAGAAUGACUACAACCGCUACUACUAAUCACGAAAGCAGAUAAAAAGUCUUAGAAAAAAGAGUCCUAUCUCUGAACUCUAAGGAAUUUAUUUACAGAUCAUUUGACUAGAAAACUCUUGCUAGUCCCCAAAAUUACUAGAUGGAUUUCCCUGGUUAAAACUAGGUAGCAACUCAGAGUAGAGCUAUAAUACUCAAUAAUCUCAAUGUAAAUAGUGCAAACUAAGUAGCGAAUGAAAAGAUUAGAUCAUUUAUAUAGACAUGGGGUCCUUAGCUGAAAAUCAUUCAGAAAUUUAUAAAGUCAAACACUAAGGAUCAAACUUCGCCAGCAAAGUAGCAGGAUGAUCACAUAUAAAUAUAAAAUCAAAACUAAGAGUCUCGAAAGAAUUAGCAUAUUUAGAUCGAACUCAGAAUAUCCAAGCCGCAGACCUAAUAAGUGUAAAAAAGAAAGAAAUUAUGUCAAGACUUGAAGGAGAAGUUGCAUUAAAAUGAGUCAUUGGAAUCCUUUAAAUCGCCACACAGCAUCAAAUUGCAAAAUGAAAACAUUAAAUUGAUUCUUUAACAACUGAGCUCAGAACGGGAGACAUCUAAAUAUCACUCAGAAUCAAGGAACGAUGGAAAGUAAAACUCUUCAAGUAAAAACUUCUUAGAUCAUCAAAUCACUAAACAAAAGUAGAGCAAUUAGCAUCUAUAAAAAAUGCAGAGAUAAUAUAUCCUGAAUAUUCAGAAUUAGAAUUACAGAACUUAGAUGACUGACCAGAAUAACACAAUUGAUAUCGACAUACAGGAUUUAGAAUCACCUAUUCUAAACAGCAGUCAGCUAAAACCACAUCUCAAUUGA